AUGAAUCAAGAAGCCAGCGUUUCUAAGUCAGCAGCAAGUCAAAGCACUAGUCUUGCAGGUUCAGAAACACUCUACCAGGCUACUUCUAGUAAAUUUGAUUCUGUUUUUCCAAUUUUUGAUCACAUGAUGCAAAAAACAAAGUUACCUGCUUGGUUUAUGAGUUUAUGUGCCGUAUUCCAGCUUUUCCAAGUACUUUCAAUUGGAUUUUGGAUCUACGCACCCCCGUAUCAAAGAGCAACUGGUACUUGGAAGAAAAUUUACUAUUGGGCUCUUCAAAUAUGUACAUUCCAGAAUCCGAAUGAAUAUACAGUUUCUCAUCUUACACAACUUUAUAUUUGCCUAGCUGUAUCAUUAACAUCAUUUGUUUGGGUCUACUUUUUGAUUUAUUACUAUAAGAAGUUCCUUACGAUUCCAAAUAUAUUCCUAUACAUCACAUCAUUUGUAGUUGAUAUAAUCGAUCCAAUAUUCAUUAUUCCUUCUGUUUACGUAUUCUGCCAUGGUAUCACUGGUGUUCACUAUAAUUAUUCGAUUAGCUUUAUUGCAGAAAUAGUUGUUGGACUAAUAUCAUACGGUGUUAAUCUAUUUUCAUUCUGCGAAAGCGCCUUAUUAAAAUCUCGCUCAGUUGUAUUGACCAACUUAACAUUUCCAUUAUUCGAUGCAUCACCAAUUAUAAUGUGGGUCAUUAUUACUUCAUUCUUUUGCAUUAUCUCUGCAAUAAUGGUAUUCUUCCAAGAUUGGUUUUAUGUAGUACUCGGCGUUGCCCACGUCAUAAUGACAGUAUACAUUGUAUACAGAAUAUCAUUUGUUCCAUUCUAUGAAAUAUGGCGUAACGCUAUUUGCAUGGCAUUUGGAAUCACAACAAUUGCUCUUGAUGUCAAUUUCUUUAUAUUGUAUGCAUUCCAAGAUCUCACAUAUAACUUUACGAUCAUUGUUUUCAUUGCAUUUAUGUUCUUUGGAUACAUUCUAUGCAGGGUAUUUUUCAUCCUCCGUGUUAAGAAGAUUCAUGAUAAGUUGCAGAAUCAAACAGAAGAUAUAAACCUUCCUGAUUACUUUUCAUCAUUAGAUAUCGAUAAGAGCGCAUUGAAAGCUAUGAUGUACAUCGUUGUCGGUUUGGCAACACUUGGUGAUUAUUUCGUUGAUGGUUCUUUGACAGAUUACAUCAUUAAUAAUGCAAAUAUAGAUUCCGCAUUAGCUAUUCUCCUUCAAGUUGUCACAUUCUUCCCAUCAGAGUCGAGAAAGAUGAAUAUUCUGUUUAAGAAGCUUGCCAUGAAGCGUAAACUUGGUUUUGUUGAACGGUUCCUCAUCUACCAGGUCUAUAGGAUCAAGACAAGAAGAUUGGUAUCUGAUACCAAAGAAACACUUGAAACAUUCAACAAGUUGAAGGCAAUGAAUGAUGCAUGCAAGCUCCAAAUUAGACAAUUUUGGGACAAACAAACCUGCGACAAUAGUUUUUGCACAGAUCUUGGACGAACAACAAAAUUUAUUGGUCUGAACUUCGACCAAAUAUUAGGAAACAAUCCAAAUAAUGUGAGAAUUACCAAUGAAUACGCAAACUUCCUUGCUGAGUGCAUGUGUGAUUUCAAUAAAGCAAUUGUAACAUCGAUUAAGGCAGAUUUGAUUGCAGAUGGUAAGAAUUUCAAUGUUGAUGUUUCCUUCCGCUCCGUUGUUAAUAAAUUCCCUCGCUACUUGAAAGAUGGAAUCAUCGAUACUAAGGGAAGAAGAGUUAUUAAGAGAGGAGCCACCCAAAAAGCAGAUGCAUCUGAACAGUCAAGUAAUUCCAAUGGAAGUGGCAACACCGGCUCAAAAGGCUCAUCAGCUAAUUUCUCCUCCCAAAGUGUCGACGUUGAACAUCAAGAAGCUGUUGGUAAACGUAUUUUAAGAGAAUCUAAGACAAGAUUAGCUUUCCACUCAGCCAUUUUCAACUCGCAGCCAAUACAAUCACCUUUGAUUAUUUUAUGCGCCAGCACAUGUCUCAUCGUUCAGCUUGUUUUCUUCAUUGGUUUCUAUAGUUUCUACAAGUCAAAAGUUGAAUGGCGUAGAACAAUGUAUGUUGAUUUAACAAACUUAGGUGCAGGCAGAUUCUACACAGAUCUUGCAAUCUUCUUUACUUACACAGAAUGGGCAGCAGAGCACAACAAAUAUCUCCAUGACACGCCUGAAGCUGAUGAAAUCCUAGGAGAUAUUUCCAUAGAUGAAACAACAGUAAAGCCUGUUAUUUCGCACGAUUUAACACAUGUUCAAGCAGCACAUACAUGCAUUUCUAAAGCCAGAACAACAUUUAACACAUUAUUGAAUUCCUUGGCUACCUUGGCAGUUGAAAACAAUCCAUACGAAAUUGCUUCUUCACUUCUCAGGCAAGAAUCAAAGUACGUUGUUUGCUCUAAGACAAAGAGAGUUGCUGAAAUUGAUGUUGGCUACAAAGAUCAAUUGAUUGCAAGCGAUUUCUUACUAUUGCUUGUUGUUGGCCAAUUGAACAUGAAAGAUCUACCUGGCAUGGAUAUCCCUAACCUUUGGAAAGAUGAUUCAUACUGCCAAGUUCUUUCAUCUCUAUUUGCUUUAUGCGAUACAAAUCAAGAGUCAUUCAAAUCAUUCUUCGAUUUCAACAUGAAUAACGCAAAAGCAAUUGAGAAACAAGUAUUUUUAUGGCUUGUUAUUGGCUUAGUUUGUGUCUUGAUUUUCUCAACUGUACCAGAAUUAGGAAUUAUCAAUUCUUACAACAAAUUAGUUGACAAAACACUCAAAUCUCUUUUAGAAUUGCCUAAUAGUGUGAAGGAAGAUGCCAAAAAGCCAUUGAUGAUCAAUACUGAUGUAAGUGAAGAUCCAAUUGGCAUUCAGAAGAAGAAUCAUUCAGGUGUCAUGAAGAUUGUUGCUUUGAUUUACUUCACUUUUGUUGCAGUAAUUUUGCUAUGUUAUUUCUUCAUGUGCUGGGAAUCACUAUCAACAAAUAAAACACUUGAUAAGUUGUUCAAAUGGUUCUUCUACUCUUGUCAGAGAACUAACUACGCAGCAGAAUGCGGUAACGAUGCUAUUCAGCUCAUUUUGAUGUCAGAUAUCGAACAAUACAUCAUGAAUCUCAGUACAAUAGCUGAAAGAGCUCAGCAUGACUUAGAUCAGUUGAAUUACAUCCAUAAAUCGUUGAUGGAUGGAAAUGAUAUUGUUGAAGGUUCAUUAGGCUUUGAUGAUGCUUUGGAUAAAACAACAAUACAAAGUGUCUGUGAUCUUGGAAGAGAUCCAAAGACAGUUCAUGACAUGUACGCAUGUGCAAACAUCAAUCAGCAAGUUACAAUUUUCAAUAACAUGGUAGAUGACAUUUUGAGAAACACAGAAAGCUAUGGCGGCGCUAUUAAUAACCAAGUAUCAAUGAACGUUUUACAUAUUUUGGAAGAUCACUUCUAUCCAGGAGUUUUGGGAACAAAUGCAAGACUGAGAACAUUGAUAACAUGUUAUUAUGAUACUGGAAUGGCAGAGACAACAGUUUUAUUAAUUGUAGGAUGCGUAAUGUCAAUUUUAGGUUUCUUCAUGGCAUUCGAAUUCAGAGCAUUAGUUAAUGAAAAUUAUAAGAUGUUAUUGAUGCUAUUCCAUUAUUUGUCACCACAAGCAAUUGUGGAUACUCCAGAGUUGAUUGGAUUCUUCAAGAGACAUCAGAAGACAUCUGGACCAGAGGCGAUGCCUAUUUCUAAGCAGAUUGUUAUCGAUGCAAGCGAAUGCAUUGUUAUUACAAAUGAAAACAGUGUUGUAGAAAUUGUUAACCAAGCUGUUACAAAUAACCUUGGAUUGACUCCAGAUCAAAUGUUAGGUCAAGAAUUUGCCAAUUUCGUUGGUGCUCAAGAUCAAGCCAAAAUUACAGGCCAGAUUCAAUUAAUGAUGAAUGGACAAGGUUCAACAGUCUGGGAAGAUCAUAUUUCAAUGAACGAUGAUUCUGGUGAAUUAAUUCCAUUCUCAAUUACAAUGAUUGGAAUGAAAGAUAACGAUGAUGGAGAUAUCUCAUCAAUAGUUUUCAUUUUGACAAAUGAAACCGAAGAAAUAAAGAAGAGACAAGCUGCAGAAGAAGCCAAGGCCAAAUCAGAGAAGUUGUUAUAUCAGAUUUUGCCAAAGGAUAUCGUUGUUAGAUUGAACAGAGGUGAAAAGGAUAUUUCUUUCACAAUUCCUUCUGCUACAAUCUUCUUCAUCGAUAUCGUUAAAUUCUCAGAAUAUGCAGCACUUCUUACACCAACAGAAAUUAUGGCAAACCUUUCAUUGGUUUUCGCAACAUUUGAUAACAUUGUUGCUGAAUACGAAAGCAUCACAAAGAUCAAGCUCAUUGGUGAUGUUUACAUGGCUGCAGCAGGUUUGUUCCAAGAUCCAGAAGAUCCAAGCCUUAAACACGCUGAAGAUGCUGUUAGAUGUUGCAUUGCAUGCAGCAAAGCAAUGGAAGAAAUCAACAUGAAACUAAAUGCUUCUCUUGAAGUUAGAAUUGGUUGCAACACAGGUGGUCCAUUGCUAGGCGGUGUUUUGGGAACUGAUAAACCAACAUUCGAUAUCAUUGGUGAUCCAAUCAAUGUUGCUGCUCGUCUUCAAAGCACAGAUAUCCCUGGAAAUGUUCAAAUUUCUCAGGAUACAAAAGAAGCAAUUAAAGAUUUAGAUUUCGAAGUCGAAGAGAGAGGUGAAAUCUACUUGAAAGGCAAAGGAAAUAGAAUCACUUAUUUUGUUUCCCUUUCCAACAAACAAAAGCAAGGAUUUGAGGGCUCAUUCGCAAUCAAUAUCCAGCCAAAUGCAUAA